ACUGUACGUCAGGGAUUAAGCUUAAGAGGCUUCUCUGGUCUGCCGCACUCGGCAUGUCUGGAGCACGAAUGUAGCCCUCAAAUUCAGGAUCUUUUUUUUUUUUUGUGGACUAUGGACAUAAUUUGUUACCUGCUUGUUAUAGUUUUAAUAAACAUUCAGGCUUGUGAAACUUUUUCUCAGUGUUUACGCGGGUGCAGCUGUGUAGAAGACCGACAUGGAAGGUCAUUAAUAUGUAUGGAGGAGAGCGCAUUUGGGGCUAUACCACAAGACCUUCCACAUGAGUUGACAAAAAUACGAAUUGAAAAGUCUCAGUUUACUGAAAUACCCAGAGGGGCUUUCUCAAAAACGUUGACGUUGGAGAACUUGUGGUUGAACUUUAAUGAAAUCACACUGAUAAACUCAAAGGGUCUGGAGGGUUUGAGGAACUUAACCGAGCUCCGUUUGCAAGGCAAUAAGCUACGUUCAGUACCAUGGACAGCAUUCGAGGACACGCCGGCUCUCAAGAUCCUGGAUCUGAAGCACAACCAGCUGGACGUCCUACCGGAGCAUGCGUUAAGGUUUUUGCCAGGUCUGACUUACUUAGACUUAUCCUUCAAUCGUCUUACGGUGAUAUCGAAGGAGGUCUUCCAAAACUGGCCUCUCUACCAAAAAUUACAGAACAUGGAGGAGCGGGAGGCGACAAUUUCUGGGCCAAACGUCGUCCUGGCACUCCACGACAAUGCCUGGCUCUGCGAUUGUCGCCUAAAGGGCUUCGUGGAGUUCAUCAGGUCUGUGAGCCCUCCGAUUAUAUUGAUGAACUCCUACUUGACCUGCUCAGGGCCGGACUUUAGGGCGGGCAAGUUCUUCCAUGAGAUAGAGCUACAGGCAUGCAUGAAGCCCGAAGUCAGCACCCCAUCAGCCAACAUCAGCCUGCCACAGGGUGCCAACGUCACCCUGCGAUGUAUCGCCAAAGCAAGGCCAGACCCUUCAGUGUGGUGGACAUAUGGUCUGAAGAUAAUCAGAGGAUUUCAUGAAUCUCAAGAAAGAGUGGAUGAUGACACCAUCAGAUCCCUCCUGGUGAUCCCCGCUCUCCAUGCAGCUGAUCAUGGUGUCUACACUUGCACCGCUGUCAACUUCAUUGGAAACUCCUCUGUCAGCAUCUUUCUAGAGGUGCGCUCUGCAGGAAACUCCCAGUCUUCACUCCUCCCAGCUGUACCGCGGGCUGGUGAUGAAAAUGUCUACAUUGACAUCCGCAUCGCCAAGCAAACAAUACGGGGUAUCUCCAUUGAGUGGUUCGCUGCCCUAGAGCGUCCCACUGAAACCUGGUUCACGAUCCACUUUGGUCGUGCAGAUGCUGAUAAAAAAGAAAUAAUCUACAUUGGACCUGGGAUUAAUUCUUACUCCAUCUCUGACCUGAUGCCUGCAACUAAAUAUGAAAUCUGUGUAACCCUCAAGAAUCACGCACCACGCCCAGAACAGUGCGUCAUCUUUGUAACAGGAAGUGACAUCACUGAGAUGGAACAGAGGGAGAAGCUGAUACAUAUAGUAGUGAUAGUUUUAGCCAUGGUGCUGGCAGUGCCUAUAGGCAUGUAUGCAUGCACCACUGACACCAGGUUGGCCUGUUUGGAUGGUAUAAUGGAGAGCUGGAAGAACCGAAGGAGAGACAGAGGCUCAGCAGGAGGCAUGGAAAGGGAGAGGCAGGGUACCUUCGACAGUCUGCAGGCCGCCAGCGAUGAGGGCCUGGUUAAUAAAGAUUCCAGUGAAGACAGGAAGGUGAGGAGGAGGUCAGAUGACAGACUGAAUAAGGCCAAAGCUGACCACAGCAGACUCACAGCUGAACUAUAUUAAAAAACCAUCAGUUAAAACAACAACAGAAAACAUGGCAGUGACCUUGUUAUAGAACAAUGUCUUACUUUCUGUUUUUGGAAUAAAUAAUAGAAAUAAUAGCUCUACUAUACUGUGAAAAAGUCUUGAGCCACCCCUUAUUUCUCGAUAUUUUGCUUGUUUUUUUAAAUAUUUUUUUUGUGUGUUAAGCCACCUAACACUGACCUAUGAAUUAUUCAUGCAUAACAAAAACACUCGUGCCUACACAUAACAAACAACUUAGUAACAAACCUAUUUUAAAUUCUAUCUUUAGGCACUUUGUUUCGAACAGCCUGUUGCAAAAACAGAUCAUUUUCCCACAUUUCUUUAGUCUAUGAAAAAAGCCAAAGCUAACACAGUUGGAUAGACAUAAAAAAUAUGUUUGCUUCAACAAGGUGAGUUUCAAAGUGCUAUUAGUUGAAAACGUCUAGGCAUGCUGUACAGUAUAUGCUUUAAAAGAAAAGAAAAGACCUGACACAUGCCCUGAGUGAGGCAUUGGGCCCUUUAGUCGAUCCAUCGACUCUAGAAGAGUCGAUGGAUCAGCAGAUCUAGAGCCCAGACCUCAAAUUUUUGAAGAGAACAGAGAACAGAACAAAAGGCAGUCAAUAUCCAAAGAAGACUGCUAAAUCAAAUUACAAGAAAGCUUGUCUCAUAGAGUUAAGGAUGCGUUGAAAAGUAUAGGUUUUUAUUGACUUUAAAGCUUGUUAGAACUCUACAAACUCUGUUUUUGUCUUAUAUACUAUAAUUCUAAAAAUUUGGGCACAGUUUAAAAAAAUUGUUGCACUUUUUUCCCUUUAUCCUAGCAAAACAUGCAGAAAUGAGGAGUGGCUCAAGAUCCAGUGCUGUUAGGCUUAUAUUACUACAAUAUUCAGGGGAAUGAUCAUAUUUUCUGCCUUGCUUUUAAUCUCAUCUCUUCCUCUGUUCUAGGCCGAGGAGGUUGUUGCAAAGAUGUGAAUGAUGGCCGUUAUGUCAAGGAUUUGCACCAGGGUAGAGGCUGUGCUGAAGUUGAUCUUUUUUCAGACUGAAGUAUAAUACAUCUCUCUUGUCAUCGCAAUGCAGCAUUUUUAACUAUCAGUAAUAAUUCAUUUUAUAAGUAUUUGUACUUAAAAAAAAAACAGAAAAGAAAAAGCCUCUGCCAUUGAUUUCAAUCAGAACGAUAUCAAAUGACUUUCUAAAGACUUUUUUUCCAGCUUCUCCAAUGAUGGAUAUUAGCUUCUUUAUCAACUAUUAUGUGUUAGCACUUAAGCAUUAUUCUAUGGAUUUACAUGCGUGUUAAUUUUACCUCAUUUUCUUCUUGUCAUGUCAAAAGUGUAAGUUAGGAUGACUCUUUAAUUAGAAAAAACAGAUGGUUAUUAUAUGAAAACACUGCGCACCUUGUAAAUAGAAAAUGUUCUAGUUACAUUUUUUGUGUGGUAGUGCAUAUAUACCUCAACAUGUUUCAUGUGUGCAGACUAAAGUGGUUGUUUUACUACAUUUUCUAUAAAUUCUACAAAGGUUUUACAUCAAGCAAGCACAUAUGCAGAAUUAGUGUCAGUUACUAUAGAUUCUUACAAAUACCCAGCAGAAAAUAUAUUUUGCUUUAAAACAUACUGUCUGUUGUCAUUGUCUGUUUAUCCCUUUUUAUAGUUCUGCUAAAGCAGGAUUAUAAGGGGAAAAUCUCAAAGGAGGGAGAAAACCUUACCUUUGAGUCUGGUUUUAUGUAGUUUGCGGCUACCAGAAAACACAAGUUUAUUUGAAUCUAAUUGUUUUAUUAUUUAAGUUGUGUGUUCCAUAUUUGAAGAUAGGCAUAGCCUUAAAGAUCAAAUUGCAAAAAUUGCGCUUGAUUGCAUCUGAGUGAAAUUCAUUCAUAGUAUUAGGUUAUGCACAGAGGAAGUUUCCUUUUUAUGGAUAAUGUGCUGAAAGGCAUUCAGUUUGGUUUUAUUCAUUUAUUUCUUUAAAUCUUAUCUCAGUCACUGUACAUGUACGUCACAGUUCCCAUCUCUUUUCUGUGUACACAUGCCACACAGCAACGAUGUAUCACACAUGAUCUGCACUGACCAACCCGCACAGAUGGCACAUCAGAUAUCCUUUGGCCAAUGGCAUUGUUCAUUUGACAUAAUACCCAAACACUGGCAUCCUCUCUAAUAUCCCCUCCUGCCGUCACUUUAUGAUCAGAUCACACAAACCCUCUCCUCCAACUCCAUGUGUUGUCCCCUGUGACGCAAGAAGAUCAGUUCAUCGCUGACGGGGCUUGCAUGUAUUCACUUAAGAUCAGGGUUUUAAAUGACUGGCUGAGAUUGGCAGCUCUCAUUUUCUGGAGCACAGAUACAUCUGCUUUCUUUCUUGUUCCGAUGUGUUUAUAUGAUUUGUGGGUGGGGGAUUGAUGCUGCUUUUUGUUGUAAUCCUUUUCCACUGCCCAUGACACAAUGCAAUGUAGAAUUCUAUAAACACACAAUUUCAGCUACUUCAGCACAGAACAGCACAAGAUUUUAUCUUAUUUUUUCCCCACUUGCCCUAAUGUUGCCUAAAGCAGUGCAUUAUUAUUACUGACCUCAGCAGUAGCAACAUAAAUAAAAGAAACAUUAACCCUCAACACAAAAGCCUUUUUUUUCCUUUUUAGUAAGGAAAACUAACAUUUUAUUGACCUUUUAAAACUUCUGUUGCUGCAAACAUAUUGUGGGUGCUUUGAACAUUUCAUGCUUUCUUUCACUCUAAAGCAUCAAUGCUCUUUGCAACUUUCCACUCUGUAAUCCUCUGUCAAAUAGCCCAGUAAUCCUGGCUGCCUCUUACAUGUCAUAAUGCAUGAUCAUUUGGGCUUCUCCUCAUAUUCCCCCACUUCACUCCAGAGCAUUAACAGCUUGCAACAUUGGAAAAAAAAAGGGGGAAAAAUGUGAGUUUGGAUCCUCAAAAAACUUUAAAAGUGUCCUGACCUGCAAAAAAGCGCAUCACAUUUUUACAGUGAAACCCUGUUUGUAUGUGGAUUUUCUUUUAUUAUAGUUUUGUCUCCAUCAUACUGGAAGCAUAAGCACGUCAAAUGUGUCAGCUGAGAUUGCAAAAAGUUCAGUUUCAGUCACACACAUCUUGUCGGUUCAAACUAGAUCAGGGCAGAUGGACUUAGCGCUUUAGGCCGCUAUGCAAUAUUGUGCAAAGAUGAACAAGUUGGUUUUUUGGAUUAGAGAGGGUAAUCUGCAAAUUUCAUGUUUUAUGUAACUUUGAAAUAGUGUGCAUGUUUGGCUGAUGUCUACACAAAUACCCAGAGAUUGGUUUAGUGUAACUUCAUAAUUAGUAGUGCUGACAUUGACAUUGAAUCUGAGCAGAGCAAAAGGGCUUGUAUCAGCAUAAUACAGUAUAUUACAUAUUUGCAGAGCUGGGAAGUAAUGAGUACAAAUACUUUGUUACUGGACUUAAGUAGAAUUUAUCCGAGUAGUUUUUUAAUGGAAACUUUUUUACUUUCAGCCCUACAUUUUAAACAAAUAUCCGCACUUUCUACUUCUAACAUUUUAACUCAUUACUUUUGAUUUAACAUUUGAGGGGAGUUAUAAUUUCAUGUCAUUGUGGGCCUUCAAACAUCAAACCGAUUUGAGCCUAAGCAGUAACACAUUAAAGGCAAUCCUGUGUAUUAAUCACCAGGAGAUGUUGGGUAAAAAGAGAUGAAAGAUGCAAAAAAACUGUGUGCCACAGUCUGGGGUUAAAGUGAGCCAUUGAUUUUUUAAAAAAUUGUUUGUUUUCUGGGGGGUUUUGGCGCUGGAGCGACUGCAGGUGUCCAUAGGUAAGCUGUGGUAGCGGUACUUCAGCAUCUAGCUAGCCCUACAGAAGAAGAGUGACCAUAAAGGAAGUAAUAUUUUGUGGCAGGUAAUUUCAAAUGCAGCAUUUCUGUCAGCUUAACAAACAUCAGCAAACAUACAAACUGUUUGUGUGUGACAUUAUUAAUUUUUAUAUUAUGCAAAAUAAAAUGAGGCGGGCUGACUGUGUUAUUUAAAGGUUGCAUGAAAAUAGUCUGCAGUUUAGUGCAGGAUAAACUGGUUAGUUUCCUGUACUGUGAUGGUUUUAAAGUGUGUGUGACUGGUGCACAGUGACUGUGGUGCUCAUGGUCAAGUUAAGUUACAUAAAGAGUACUAGAGAUUAAUAUGAACUUUAGCUGAUAAUGCUUAGAUUCAUUCAUCAAAUUCAAGCUGCAUACCAGCUGCACAGGGUGUAAUAUAAAGACAGCGUGAAUAGUGUACUGUCAGUGUAGACGAUGGAAAUUAGCCAGGACAACCCAUGAAACACCUGCUCACAUCUGGUUGAAUUCAGUUGUGUACAUCCUCAAAGAGCAGCAGGUCAGCUAAUCACAGCUUGUACAUUGAGAAAAUCUACUGAAGCACUCAGAAAUUAUUGUGAGCUGUGAUUCUUUUUCCUCACACUGAGCCAUUACAGCUAAUUUUAGGGUCCCCCCACCUGCUGAAUCCCACUUUAAACCCUGACUGUGUUCAUUUGAUCAUCAUGUGAUUAACAGAAAAUAGAGCUAUUUUUUUUAUUAUUUUCCUUCUUUUUUUACUGCUCAUGUUCAGCUUAACGGAUUCAAGCAGAGUAUGUUUAUUAGAAUUAAUAUUUAGACUGAAAUAAAGUUUGUAUUCAUAUCUACUAAUUUAAUUUAAUUAUUCCAUGAAUAAGGCACAAGGUCCAGUUAGCUUUCCAUAAAAACAGGUCUAGGAGUUACUUUCUAACUUUGAGUAUAUUUCUGAGGCAGUACUUUUUUACUUUUACUUGAGUAUAGAAGUUGAAUCAGUACUUCAACUUUUACUGGAGUAUUUUUCAACACUAGUGUCUGCACUUCUACUCGGCACAGAAUGUCUGUACUUUUGCCACCUCUGCAUAUUUGCAGAACAUCUGGUGAGGUUUAAUGAAAAAAAACCCAGCACAUGUGUAAUAUUGUUGUGUAAGGCCUUCUUCAAGCAUCUCAUUUUAAUUCCUGUUGUUCAUAUUUUCAUCAUGCUCCAAGAUUAUUAGUGCUCAAACUAUGGCAAUAUCGCAAUAAAAGCUGCAACAUGAACAUUUGCAAAGUUGAGAAUAGCAGUUUGAAGUAUUUUUAAACACCCUCUUUGUUUCACCUCAGGGACAGUAGUUUAAGCAGCUUCUACUGUUACCAGAAAGUGGCAGUAGAGUACAGUUUACAAGCUCAUUAAGAGGGCGUUUGUCUUAAAUUAAUGACAUCAAAGCUGUGUUUAAGUUUGUGUCAGUACCUUCAAGGCUACUUUGGACAGGCACACCCGGAGUGAUGAUACAUGUCACACUGCAGUCUUCAACCUGGUGCCAUGUUGCAGUCUGGAUGCCUGAACAGUUAAAUCAGUACAUUUAUAAAUGCUUCAAUAAGUACCUUUUCAAGUUUUACAGUUCAUUGAAAAGUUAAAUUUGCUGGUGGAGAAGGGGAAAUACUGCAUUUGGCUGCAGACUGGACGUUUCUGUAUUCCACUAUUUUCAUUUUAUGCAAAGUCCUAGUCCUUU